GAGCUUUCUGUUUUGGAUUCAGUUUGCGCCCCCAAUUACUAUCACUAUUCUUCAAGUAACCAACCCACCAAUCAGGCAAUCACCAUCCCGUUAAACUUCCUUCCCUUUCUCAUCGAUCCAACCCAACUAUCCAUCUUCAAUAAAGUUACAUUUACGAUCUCUUCCUUCUUAUCUGUAUAUUCUGUAGAAAUGGGUUCCAAGGAAAUUCCCCACAAGCGUCCAGAUUUCUACCAAAACGUCGUCGUCAUGAGGCACGGUGACCGUAUCGAUAACUUCGAUCCUCACUGGGUAACCACGGCAGCUCGGCCUUGGGAUCCGCCCCUGACCCAUGAUGGACGGGUUCGGGCUUUCAAUACGGGUCGGAAGUUCCGCCACUGUCUCGGGUAUCCAAUCGAUCGCGUCUUCGUCUCCCCCUUCCUUCGCUGCAUCCAGACGGCAUCUGAGGUCAUUUCUGCUCUCUGCGUCCCCCACGACGAUCCCACUAUCCUCACCGGCGAUGGCUUAGCUAUCGAUUCUUCUAAAGUCAAGGUCUCUGUUGAACUUGGAUUGUGCGAGAUGAUGAGCAGAGAAGCUAUCAGUCCUGCAUUGGCUCCUAAGGAUGGUAAUUGGGGUUUUGAUAUUGCAGAGCGUGAAGCAAUUCUCCCAGCUGGAACAGUUGAUAAGAAUGCAAAAAAGAUGUAUAAAGAGUUGCCCAAAUGGGAAGAGCCAGUUUUGGGUACAAGAGCUAGAUAUGAGCAAGUGAUUAAGGAACUUGCAUAUAAUUAUCAUACCGAGAACUUGCUGCUUGUCACACAUGGGGAAGGAGUUGGAGUGGCUCUUGCUGCUUUCUUAAAGAAUGCCACAGUAUAUGAAGUAGACUACUGUGCGUAUGUGGAACUUAAACGACCCAUUUUCAAGGAAGAUCAAUCUUUUACUGCUGGAGAGUUCGAAGUGCUUACUCGUUCUGGUCAAACCGGCAUUGGUUAUAUCCUCCCUGGUGCUUAAACAAUUGACGCCAGCAAAACAUGAUAGGA